AUGAGCCAUUACAAAUCAAUCGAACGAAAAUAUCUUCCAGAUUGUAAUUAUAUGGCAAGACAAAACGAUUUGCAUCCAAAUAUGAGAGCAAUUCUUGUGGAUUGGUUGAUUGAUGUUCAUUACAAAUUCAAGUUGGUGCCUGAAACUCUUUACUUGACAGUGAAUUUGAUUGAUCGUUUCUUGAGUGAAAAAACAAUUUCUCGACAGCGACUUCAAUUAGUGGGUAUUACUGCCAUGUUCGUUGCUUCCAAAUAUGAGGAAAUCCUUAGUCCUGUUGUGGCUGAUUUUGUCAAGAUUACCAAAGACGCCUAUACCAGAGAAGAAGUCUUGAGAAUGGAAAGAAUUAUGUUGCAAGUUCUGGACUUUAACCUGACCAUUGCAUCACCAAAUGUCUUUCUCAAACGGUAUUUGAAAUGUGGUCGUUGUACCGAAUUACAAACAUUCAUUGCCGUUUAUUUGAGUGAACUAUCACUGAUGGACUAUGCUCAACUUGAAUUUUCUCCUUCCAUCGUUGCUUGUGCAGCAGUGUUUUUAUCCAAACAUUUAACUCAAGAUUUAGAUAAAUGGGAUGCAACGAUGGACACUACACGGACAAGACGGAAGAAGACAUUUUGCCUUGUGCAAAGGCCAUGCUUCGAUAUCUGA